UGGCAGACCCUGCGCGGGAGCCGAGCCAGGAUGACGACCGAGCAGCGACGGAAUCUGCUCACCUUCCAAGACUAUGUCAGGAAGAUUCUGGAUCCUACUCACAUUCUCUGCUACAUGGCCCCCUGGUUUAGGGAGGAUAAGAUGCAGUGUAUUCAAGCUGAGAAAAACAACAGGGGCCCGAUGGAGGCUGCCUCACUUUUCCUACAGUUCCUUUUGGAACUCCAGGAGGAAGGCUGGUUCCGUGGCUUUUUGGAUGCCUUAAACCAAGCAGGUUAUUCUGGACUUUAUGAAGCCAUUGAAAAUUGGGAUUUCAACAAAAUUGAAAAGUUAGAAGUGUACAGAACACUUUUAAGACGUUUGCAACCAGAAUUUAAAAACAGAAUUAUUCCUUUAGAAAUCCUUCCUGAACUAGCUGAAUGUUUAAUUAGUCAGGAAUGUGAAGAAAUUAGACAGACUUGUUACAACAAGGGGAUGAUAGCAGGUUCAGAGAAACUGAUCGAAUGCCUUCUGAAAUCAGACAAGGAGAACUGGCCCAAGGUUUUGAAACUUGCUUUGGAGAAGGAACAGAACAACCUCAGUGAAAUGUGGCUGGUAGAGAAAGGUGAAAAAGAUAUUGAAAAUAAAGAUCUGGAGGAUGAUGAAAUGGAAACUUCUGAAAUACACAUUUUCUUCCAGGAAGAUCCAGAACACCAGAAUCUUAGUCAGAAUUCCCAGGCACCCUCAGAAAUGUCUCGAACUAACUUGAAACCAAGAAAUUACCAACUAGAGCUUGCUUUGCCUGCUAAGGAAGGAAAAAAUACAAUAAUAUGUGCUCCUACUGGUUGUGGGAAAACCUUAGUUUCACUUCUUAUUUGUGAACAUCAUCUUAAAAAUUUUCCACAAGGACAAAAAGGGAAAGUUGCUUUUUUUGCUAAUCAUGUCCCUGUGUAUGAGCAGCAGAAGUUUGUGUUCUUGAGCUAUUUCGAAAGGCUUGGGUACAGUGUUACAGGCAUUUCUGGAGCAACAACUGAAAAUGUCCCAGUAGAACAGACUAUCAAGAACAAUGACAUCAUCAUUUUAACACCCCAGAUUAUUGUGAACAAUCUCAAAAAUGGAACUAUUCCAUCACUGUCUGUCUUUACUUUGAUGAUAUUUGAUGAAUGCCACAACACCAAUAAACACCACCCAUACAAUAUGAUCAUGUUCAAUUAUCUAGAUCAGAAACUUGGAGGAUCUUCAGACCCACUGCCCCAGGUUGUUGGGCUGACUGCCUCAGUUGGUGUUGGGGAUGCCAAAACCACAGAUGAAGCCAUGCUUUACAUCUGCAAACUGUGUGCUUCUCUUGAUGCAACAGUGAUAGCAACAGUCAGAGACAACUUGGAGGAACUGGAGCAAGUUGUUUAUAAGCCCCAGAAAUUUUCCAGGAAAGUGGAAUCACGGACUACCAACAAAUUUAAAUUCAUCGUAUCUCAGCUGAUGAGGGACAUAGAGAGUCUGGCAAGGAAUAUCUGUACAGAAUUUGGAAACUUAUUUCAAACUCAAAAUGGGGACUUUGGAACACAGAAGUAUGAACAACGGAUUGUUGGAGUUCAUAAAGCAGGCAUGGUGUUUCGACUGCCAGACAAAGAGGAAGAGAGCAGGAUUUGCAAAGCACUAUUUCUGUAUACGUCAUACUUGCGGAAAUAUAAUGAUUCCCUCAUUAUCAGUGAGGAUGCACAAAUGAAAGAUGCUCUGAAUUACUUGAAAGACUUCUUCAACAAUGUCCGAACAGCGGGAUUUGAUGAGACUGAGCAAGAUCUUACUCGGAGGUUUGAAGAAAAACUGGAGGAACUAGAAAGUGUUUGCAGAGAUCCCAGCAAUGAGAACCCUAAACUCAACGACCUCUGCCUCAUCUUACAAGAAGAGUACCACUUAUAUCCAGAGACCAGAACCAUUCUUUUUGUGAAAACCAGAGCACUUGUGGAUUUAAUAGAAAUCUACUUAGCUAGUCUGAGCAGAAUGGGGGCCAGCUACAAGGAUGCUCAGGUCUGUAUAGGAAGCAUGACCCUCCCAGCACAGAAGUGUGCACUGGAUGCAUUCAGAGAAGAUAAAGAUAAUAUUCUGAUUGUCACCUCAGUUGCUGAUGAAGGCAUCGACAUUGCUCAGUGCAAUCUGGUCAUCCUGUAUGAGUACGUGGGCAACGUCAUCAAAAUGAUCCAAACCAGAGGCAGAGGAAGAGCAAGAGGUAGCAAAUGCUACCUUCUGACUAGUAAUGCUGAUGUAAUUGAAAAAGAAAAUAUAAACAUGUAUAAGGAAGAAAUGAUGAAUGACUCCAUUUCAAAACUUCAAACAUGGGAUAAAACGGAAUUUGAAAAAAAAGUUCACAGUAUACAGAUACAUGAUAAAUUCAUCAGAGAUAGUCAACCCAAAUCAAAACCUGUCCCUGAUAAGAAAAAUAAAAAACUGCUCUGUGGAAAGUGCAAAACCUUGGCAUGUUACACGGCUGAUGUACGCGUGGUAGAGACAUGCCAUUACACUGUGGUUGGAGAUGAUUUUAAGGAACGCUUUGUGAGGGAACCACACCCCAGACCGAAGAGCUAUGGGGGUUUUGAGAAGAAAGCAAAGAUAUUCUGUGCCAAAGAGAACUGCAGACAUGACUGGGGAAUCCACGUGAAGUAUAAGGAAUUUGAGAUUCCAGUCAUAAAAAUUGAAAGUUUUGUAGUGGAAGAUAUUGCAACUGGARUUCAAACACGGUACUCAAAGUGGAAAGAUUUUCAUUUUGAGAAGAUACAGUUUGAUGCUGCAGAAUAUCCAAAUGACUUCAGGGCCUGAGUCUUUAGCUACAGGGAAUGGUGAGUGAAGAAAUUAACCCUGUGGGGUAAUCACCUAUUGCUUGUGCCUCUAUGAAGGUAUUUUACACAAGGCUUAUACUGUAUUGCUCACUCUCAGUUAACUUCACCUUCUGUUGGUUUUGAACAGUUUGUACUACAUCAUAUAUGCAAAACACAUGUGAGUGAAUUCUCAUACAUUGCUGGUGGGACUGCAAAUGGGCACAACCACUAUGGAAAGCAG